UCAACGUAUCAUUUUUUACGAAAUCGUAAGCGGCAUCUAUUUUUGUCAGGCAGAUUUUAUUUUUCUCUCUUUUUUUUUGUUCUAACAAUGCUUCCUGUUUGAAUUUGAGUGAUAACAGUAUACCAGAGACUGGAAGUGAUAUAGAUGAGCGAUGGGGCUCGCUGAAGAAGAAGUUUUGAUCAGAGAUGACUCUGGUCUCUUGCUUGAUGUAGGUGACACACGGGUACCAAAGUCACAAGAAUGGACGAAAAAGCUCACAAAGACUAUCUGUCUUUCAUUAGGAUUUCUUGUCCUCGGUUUGUGUGUGGCUAUUCCUGGUCCAACAUUACUUGACCUUGAAGAUCAGGUCAAGGCCACAACAUUUGAAAUGAUGAUUGUGUUUGCCUCAAGGUCACUGGGUUACCUGCUUGGAGCACUUCUAGGUGGAGUCCUGUUUGACUGCUUUGACAAACAGCUCCUGUUGUUCUGUACUUUACUGGUGUCUUCUGUAGCAACAGUGGCCAUUCCAUGGAGUCUGACAUUGGUUGUCAUGGCAACAAUGUUUGCCUUGCAAGGAAUCACCAUGGGAGCACUUGAUACUGGUGGCAAUGUGUUCUGUAUCCAGCUUUGGGGCAAGAAGAAUCCACCAUACAUACAGACGUUACAUUUCGCUUUUGGAAUAGGAGCAUUUGUUGCGCCGCUGCUGGCAAAACCAUUCCUCUCCCACGGGGGUGUAGUUACAAAUACAUCCAGUAUUGUUCAAGGAAAUAUUCCUGUGGCUCCAUUCUUGACUAAUCAGCUACAUGUACAUCCAAAUAUAACAAAAAGAUCACCAGAAUUUUCAUAUCUUCAUUUUAACAAACUUAAUACUGAUUUACAAGAACUUGUACAUGGAAAGGAGGAAGGCUGGAAAAGAAACAAGCGUGCUGGAAACAGUGCCAAAUUUUAUGUAAUAGAAGGUGAUCAUGACUUAACUAUAAGAAAAGACAUUUUUAGAAAUAGUAAAAUACGAUUUAAAAGACAGUCUGGAGAUGAUGAAGGAGGUUAUAGUGGAUGGUGGAAAUGGAAAAGAUAUGUAUCAAAGAGAGAUACAACAAAUGGUAAUCCAGAUGAUCCAGUUUUAGGAACGACAACAACACCAAAGGCAGAUGAUGCUAAAAAGCCAGUUGAAAGUCCUGUUACUCCAAUCAAUGAUGAGGCUAAGGAAGCAGGAACAGGUCCUGGUCAUGCUGAUACUGAAGCUACUAGUACAGGAAGUACUGCAGACAAUGUUUAUGAAAAUAAAAAAGAAUCUGAAAGUUUAGUUCCAGAAACCUCACAAAAUAGUGAAGAUUUGAGUACAAGUUCUGAUGAAGUUGUCAAUAAAAAUGUGUCAGACACUUUCAAAGCUAAAAGUAAUAUCUCAGUAAUGCCAAAUGGUACUAAUGGUGUCACCAGCACAGAAAUGAACACACUUAUAACUACACAAUCCACAACAACUGAAGUUAAAUUUCAUAAACCAAGUGCAGCUACCGAUACCAAUAGAGAACCAGCAACUGCGGAUGGUAAAGUUAUUCACAAACCUAAAAUACCUGCAAACACAGGUGGUGAAAGUGAAUCAGAUUCAGGAUCUGUGAAGGAAGAAGUGAGCACUACAGCACCAGGCAUAAGUAAUAAUUCUAAAGCAGAAAAUAUCUCACAGUUAUCCAGUAACAACAGUGGCGGGGCAAGUGCUAUGAAUAUAUCAAAUAUUUCUUCAACAUUGAAGCCAAAGAAUUCUUCAGAGGCAACAAAUAACAAGAGUACAGAAACAGUCAGUCCAGAUGGAACUAUCAAGUCAAGUAUAAAGCCAAACACUACUACCAUUCUAGCUACAAAAUCAACAACAAAGAAACCAACCACUACUACAACACCACCACCACCAACUACAACAACAACACAAACUACAACUCCAUCAACGACAACAACACAAACUACAACAGCUCCAUCGACAACAACGACAACUACCCAAAAAACAACAACAACAGAGACAACAACAACAAGAAUAGUGACAACAACAGAAAAACUUACAACAACAACUGUGAAAGUUACUACACCAAAGAAGCCAACACCACCACCAGCAACACAGGAAAAAGCAACUGAGUCUAGUACAAAGAAAACAACAGCAUUGAAUCAGCCUACAGAACACAAUGACAAAAACACAAAUACGACUGUCAGCCUAGUUACCACAACACCAAAAGUUUCCAGUACCAGUUCAUCUGUCACAGUGGUCUCUCUGACCACCAAUUCUACACUUUCUGAUGAUAAACUGAGUACCACUGAAGUCUCAAUGAAACCAGAAUCUACUGUAGACAGUUUUCUAAACAAUGCAAUUCAUGCAGUGAAGAAUAUUUCCAAAAUACAGUUUGCCUACCUAAUUACAGGUUUAGCAUUAUUUCUGAUUGCAAUCUUGUUCUUAGUGCUGUAUUGCAAAGACAAGAGACGUUUAACACCAGGUAGAGAUUUUGAGGAACUUGAAAGAUUCCGAUCCCCUGUAACAAGUGCUAAAGCUGUAUUGAUUGUGUUACUAGGCGUGUUCUUUUUCUGCUACAUGGGAUUGGAAGUAACAUUUGGAGCUUUGGUUACUACAUUUGCUGUAGAUUUCAACAAGUGGCCGAAGGAGCAAGGUGCUAUGGCAGCAGCCAUAUUUUGGGGUUCAUUGGCAACUGGGCGGGGUCUUUCAAUCUUCCUGUCGAAGUGUUGUGGGCCCAGGGUCAUGUUGAUUAUUGACUUGAUAUUUAUGAUAAUUGGAGGAUUAGUGCUAUCUAUAGGAAUUCAUGUCUAUGAUAAACUGUUGUGGCUGGGAACGUUGAUUCUUGGCCUUGGAAUGUCGUCUGCGUUUCCUGCUGGAAUAUCCUGGGCGGAGAACUACUUCCAUCUCACUGGAAAAUCCACAGCCGUUUUUGUGAUAGGAUCGGCACUUGGUCAAAUGAUUGUCCCAGUUGUUACAGGUUAUCUGUAUGAAAACUUAGGUGCCAUUGUUCUAAUGUAUUCUAGUCUAGUUUUAAGCAUAUUGUCUCUUGUGAUUUUCAUAUUAAUGCAAUGCGUGGCAGUGGGAAGAGGAAUAACUCUGAAAGUACAGGAGAGAAAUGGGUUUCUUCCCCUUGAAGAUGAUGAUGAUGAAAAUUUAGAAAUGGAUGACUUAAUUCAUUUUGAUAAAUCUCAAGCAAGAUCACGACAUGAUAAAAGAGGGGGAGGUAAUGCAGAGUAUCAUACCUUGAUAUCUGAUCUGGACGAUGAUUAAAAUAUUCAUAUGACUUUAUUGUAAAUGUAUAAUUUUGUACUUGUAACACAUUAUGAAAUAUUGGUUCUUGUUGUAUUAGUAUUGUUAAAUAAUUUGACUUUUUGUUACACAAAAUCAUUGAAAUUUGAUUGGUCAGUAGAGAUUAUGUGGCCACAGCUUAUAUAUUGGUAAAAUUCUGUGUUUUACCAUAGUUAUUUUCUUCACUGAUUUAUGAAAUGUUGUUGAUUUUUUACCAGUAAAAUUUAUUGCUGUUGCCUCUGGUAUAUUUAUAACUUUUAAGCAAUCUUUUAAUGUUGAAACUGGUUAAAUUUCACAAAUUAUUUGAGCUGUUAAUUGUUUUACUCAAAAGAAUGAUUAGUACAGUAAUCAAAAUAAUGUUAAAACAAAAUUCGACAUAAUAAAACAGCGAAUUUUUUUUUGAAAAUUGCCAAAUUUGUCAGGAGUAGUUGAAAGGUCAAGGUCACACUUAGGGGUCAAAAGUCAAAAGUUGAUGCAGUUUCUCUUGUCUUGGCUGUAACUUAGCCAUGGAUGAAGAUGUUCUUAAAUAUCUUGGCAGAAAUGUUUGCCACAAACUAAUGCAAAUAUUGAAUUGGAACUUCCCCUUUUGAACUUAUAAACUUCUGGUUAAAGUUUUGCAUGCAAGUUACUCCAAAAUUGAUGCAGAUACUGGAUUGAAACUCUAUAGAUAUUAUAAAAUUUAGGGUAAUAUUCCUGCUUCUGGUACAACAAUUUGAUUAUUCCAGCAUUUGGACAGCUCUUGUUUCUUUUUUCAUAUAAUUACCUCCCAAAAAAGAUUUCCUGAACUGAGCAUAUGUUGGUAUCAUGAUAGGGUCAUUUUGAGGGUUACCAUACCUGUACUUAUGAAAAGUUUGUUAAACAUGAAUGAUUGUAAAUAUUUUAUUUGUUAUUGCAUAUGUAGUGCUUCAAUAUAAUUUUGUAGCAAUAUUUCUGUGUUCAGAUAGUUCUAUAUUUUCUGUGCCUUCAGCAAUCUGGUUCUUAUGUAUUAGUGUAUGUAGGGGCAAUAUAUUUGUUUGUUUCUUCUUUGAUUUUCAUAUUAAUAUAUAAUCAUGUAUAACAUGAUAGCUUAUGUAAAUGUAAAUAAAUGAGCCGCGCCAUGAGAAAAGUAACAUAGUGCAUUUGCGACCAGCCUGCACAUCCAGAAAAACCAUUAGCAAACAGCAUGGAUCCUGAACACUGUGCAGAUGCGCAGGCUGGUCUGGAUCCAUGCUGGUUGCAAACGCACUACAGUAUGUUGGUUUUCUCAUGGCGCGGCUCAAUUAUGUUAUUUGCUACUUAAAUUAGUUUGUAGAUGCUGAGAGAAACUUCACACAAUAGUUGUGAUGAGACUAUAAUGUUUCAUUGUUCACGUAAUAAAUACCAGCCUACAGUCACAUAAGUUCUUACAAAGUUAAAAUAGGAUUGUAAAAACAGUACUGUAAAUUCUGGUAUUUUCACGUGGACUUUAUUCAGCAGUUUAUUAUACGCCCAAAGGGACGUAUUAUGUUAUGGUCCCGGUGUCCGUCCGUCUGUCCGAGCCCACGAAUGAACAUUUGUUGGGUACAGAGAACAAUAGGUAACAGUAAAUUUUAUUCAUUCCGUAAUGUUUUUGGGGUACUUUUUGUCGCUUAUUGGGUACUUUUUAAUAAAAGAAAUACCCAAUAAAGGUCCAUCUGUGGGAUCUUCCGUCCGUCCGUUAGCAAUUUCGUGUCCGCUCUGUAACUCUUGAACCCCUUGAAGGAUUUCAAAAAAACUUGACACAAAUGUUCACCACACCGAGACGUCAUGCAGAGUGCAUGUUUUGGAUGUCUCAUUUCAAGGUCAAGGUCACACUUAGGGGUCAAUGGUCAUAUGAGUGUGUUUCGUGUCCGCUCUGUAACUCUUGAACUGCUUGAAGGAUUUUGAAGAAAAGUGGCACAAAUGUCCACCACACUGAGGCGACGUGCAGAGUGCAUGUUUUAAUGGAAUCGCUUCAAGGUCAAGGUCACACUUAGGGGUCAAAGUUCAUAUAUGACUGCUUUGUAUAUAUUGCUAUGCAUUGCAGUGCUCUUGUUUUUAUUUGGCAGAUCCCUUUUUGUUCUUUUACAAUAAAUUUUUUUGGAAUUACUUCCCUUUUUGGUUACUAUGUAUAGCUUAUUUUGAAACUUUUUUUAUUAUUGGCUGUAGGGAAAAACCGAGACCACUUUUCUGUGGUACAACAUGGAUGGUACAUCCAAUUUUUAGCUCAUCUGAUUUUUUGAAAAAAAAUGAUGAGUUAUUGUCAUCACUUGAGCGGUUGUCGGCGUCGGCGUCGGUGUCGGCGUCGGCGUCUGCGUCGGCGUUGCCUGGUUAAGUUUUAUGUUUAGGUCAGCUUUUCUCCUAAACUAUCAAAGCUAUUGCUUUGAAACUUGGAAUACUUGUUCACCAUCAUAAGCUGACCCUGUAUAGCAAGAAACAUAACUCCAUCUUGCUUUUUGCAAGAUUUUUGGCCCCUUUUGUACUUAGAAAAUAUCAGAUUUCUUGGUUAAGUUUUAUGUUUAGGUCAACUUUUCUCCUAAAGUAUCAAAGCUAUUGCUUUGAAACUUGGAAUACUUGUUCACCAUCAUAAGCAGACCCUGUACAUCAAGAAACAUAACUCCAUCUUGCUUUUUGCAAGAUUUAUUGCCCCUUUUGGACUUAGAAAAUCAGUUUUCUUGGUUAAGUUUUAUGUUUAGGUCAGCUUUUAUCCUAAACUAUCAAAGCUAUUGCUUUAAAACUUGCAACACUUGUUCACCAUCAUAAGUUGACCCUGUACAGCAAGAAACAUAACUCCGUCCUGCUUUUUGCAAGAUUUAUGGCCCCUUUUGGACUUAGAAAAUAUCAGAUUUCUUGGUUAAGUUUUAUGUUUAGGUCAACUUUUUCUCUUAAACUAUCAAAGCUAUUGCUUUGAAACUUGCAACACUUGUUCACCAUCAUAAGCUGACCCUGUACAGCAAGCAACAUAACUCCAUCCUGCUUUUUGCAAUAAUUAUUGCCCCUUUUGGACUUAGAAAAUCAUUUUCUUGGUUGAGUAUUAUGUUUAAGUCAACUUUUCUCAUAAACUAUCAAAGCUAUUGCUUUAAAACUUGCAACAGUUUUUCACCAUCAUAAGUGGACACUGUACAUCAAGAAACAUAAUUCUAUCCUGCUUUUUGCAAGAAUGAUGGCCCUUUUUAGACUUAGAAAAUCAUGGGUAGGACAAUAUUUCUAUUGCACAAAAAAAAUCAGAUGAGCGUCAGCACCCGCAAGGCGGUGCUCUUGUUAGAUGUAUUUUGACAUAACUUUACCUGGUAAGAAUUUUUUUGUGGACUUGGAAAUUUUUUUUUUUUUGAAUUUCUUCUUUUUGUUGUUCCUGUCCUUUGGGCUUCAGCAGUCAUGUUCUUUAAAUUUUCCCAUCCUGUGAUGUAACCCUUUGGGCGUAUAUUGCCCCGCUUGGCGGCGCUCUUAUUGAUAGCAGCCUCAGUCCUCUUGUAAAGAGUUCAUGUUGCAGUAGUUUUUGUAACAUGCAGAAGCAUGUCCAUUUGGAUAACAUUCAGAUAUAUAUUGUCAGACAAUACAGGAUAUUAGUGUAUAAGGGAGAUAAUAAGGUUUUGAACUUAUAGCUAUCUUGUUUCACAGAAAAAUGGAAAAAUAUCUGUCGAAUAGAAUUUUCUUCAUUUAUUUUAUCAUCUAGAAAGAAAUUACCAGAUGUGCAUUUAAGAAUAAAAUGAAGUUGUCUAAUUUGGUUUAUCUAGAGAACAGUAAGUUACAUUAUUUCACAUAAGUUUUUAUAAGCUAUAGACAAGAUGUGUUUAAAUAUGUGUGAGAGUGAAUUAAUCCGAAUUGUGAUUCAGAGACUGUGGACCAGCUGUAGAGCAAGUAUGAUGUGGAUAUGUUAUACUUCACUAGCCCUGGUAUGUUCUUUAAUAAGGCGUAUCAGAAAACAACAUGCCAUCAUACAACAGUAACAUAUGGCAAUUGCAGGGAAACUAAAUUCUGCAAUUCAGCUUAUUUUUAUAGACCAGCAUAUACUUCACAUACAUAGACUUGUAAUAUAUGUACCUCUAAAAUAGAAAUGCCUCUCUUACAUUAUUUUUUAUAUAAUUUCUUGCAAAUGCACUAGUUUUGUAUACUUUUGGUAAUUGCCAUGGAUUCGUAGCCAGAUAUAUUCAGUUUUAAUGUUCAUAAAACUAGAACACUAGAAAGAAUCUGUACAAUUUGCAGAAAAAUAUUUGUUACUGUUAUGUAUUUAUUUUUCUCCAGUCUACUUUCCCUUUUUUGUCUGGCUAUAUAUAACCUGUAGAUAGUGUAAGGGAAAAUAACUUAUUGGAAAUAUUUAUGAACAGUCACUUGCUGUAUAAGAACAUGUUUUGUUCAUGAAUAGAACUUAAAACAAUAAUUUCAGUUCAUUUAUUUUUUAAACUACAUAUACAUAGAAUAUAAUUAUUUUUUUGUGUUCAGAAAUUUAUGUAUUUUUACUACAGGAGUUCAUGCUUUAACCACCUGCUCUUUCUGUUCUUGUUAAGCUUUGAUAUUGAGAUUUAUAAAAUGGAUUGGUCCAUCAUUUAGUUUUGGCAGUACCACUUAUGAUUCAAAGGGGUGUUCACUGAAAAUUUACUGACUGAAUAACACACAGUGAAGUCCAAGAUCAGCCUGCACAGAAACUUGGAUGCUGAUGGUCUGCACUCGUCUCAAAGGCAAAAUCACUUGGCAGUAGGCAUUGAUGGCUCAAGCACUCUGGUCAACUCAAGCACUCGGAUUGACUAAAGCAAUUUAGGUGGUCUGUGGUCAUUUUCUAUUAUUUGAUGGCUCAAAACUCUGUAUAACUUUUGCCCAUCCCAUAACAAUAUUUUUUAUAGCUAUUUUCUUCAUUGACUAUGAAAUCUUGUUGUUUUUUGUUUGCAAUCUUAGUGACAAUCAUGAAUAAGUCUCAUGAUGUCCCAAACUGGCAAUAUUGAUGUGCCAAACACUGUCUGUGAUUGUAGUGUGACUGGUUGCCAAAGUAACUGGUUUGUCAAAGCAAUUGGUUUGCCACUGUGAUUAUACUAUCGCUAGUUGACACUGAUAAUGAUGUCAUAGUGUGAAUGGUUGCAGCUGUGAUGAUAGUGUGAAUGGUUUCCAAAGUGACCGGUUGCCACUGUGAUUAUUGUGUGACUGGUUGCCACUGUGAUUAUUGUGCGACUGGUUGUCACUGUGAUGACAGUGUGACUGGUUGCCACUGUGAUUAUUGUGUGACUGGUUGUCAUUGUGAUUAUUGUGUGACUGGUUGUCACUGUGAUGACAGUGCGACUGGUUGCCACUGUGAUUAUUGUGUGACUGGUUGCCAGUGUGAUUAUUGUGUGACUGGUUGUCAGUGUGAUUAUUGUGUGACUGGUUGUCACUGUGAUGACAGUGUGACUGGUUGCCACUGUGAUUAUUGUGUGACUGGUUGCCACUGUGAUUUUUAGCUCACCUGUCACAAAGUGACAAGGUGAGCUUUUGUGAUCGCGCGGUGUCCGUCGUCCGUCCGUCCGUGCGUAUGUCCGUAAACUUUUGCUUGUGACCACUCUAGAGGUCACAUUUUUCAUGGGAUCUUUAUGAAAGUUGGUCAGAAUGUUCAUCUUGAUGAUAUCUAGGUCAAGUUCGAAACUGGUUCACGUGCCAUCAAAAACUAGGUCAGUAGGUCUAAAAAUAGAAAAACCUUGUGACCUCUCUAGAGGCCAUACAUUUCACAAGAUCUUCAUGAAACUUGGUCAGAAUGUUCACCUUGAUGAUAUCUAGGUCAAGUUCGAAACUAGGACAUGUGCCGUCAAAAACUAGGUCAGUAGGUCUAAAAAUAGAAAAACCUUGUGACCUCUCUAGAGGCCAUAUAUUUCACAAGAUCUUCAUGAAAAUUGGUCAGAACGUUCACCUUGAUAAUAUCUAGGUCAAGUUCGAAACUGGGUCACGUGCCAUCAAAAACUAGGUCAGUAGGUCAAAUAAUAGAAAAACCUUGUGACCUCUCUAGAGGCCAUAUUUUUCAUGGGAUCUGUAUGAAAGUUGGUCAGAAUGUUCAUCUUGAUGAUAUCUAGGUCAAGUUCGAAACUGGGUCAUGUGCGAUCAAAAACUAGGUCAGUAGGUCUAAAAGUAGAAAAACCUUGUGACCUCUCUAGAGGCCAUAUAUUUCAUGAGAUCUUCAUGAAAAUUGGUCAGAAUGUUCACCUUGAUGAUAUCUAGGUCAAGUUCGAAAGUUGGUCACGUGCGGUCAAAAACUAGGUCAGUAGGUCAAAUAAUAGAAAAAUCUUGUGACCUCUCUAAAGGCCAUAUUUUUCAUGGGAUCUGUAUGAAAAUUGGUCUGAAUGUUCAUCUUGAUGAUAUCUAGAUCAAGUUUGAAAGUGGGUCACGUGCCAUCAAAAACUAGGUCAGUAGGUCAAAUAAUAGAAAAACCUUGUGACCUCUCUAAAGGCCAUAUUUUUCAUAGGAUCUGUAUGAAAAUUGGUCUGAAUGUUUAUCUGGAUGAUAUCUAGGUCAAGUUUGAAACAGGGUCAUGUGCGGUGAAAAACUAGGUCAUUAGGUCUAAAAAUAGAAAAACCUUGUGACCUCUCUAGAGACCAUACUUGUGAAUGGGUCUCCAUAAGAAUUGGUCAGAAUGUUCACCUUGAUGAUAUCUAGGUCAAGUUUGAAACUGGGUCACGUGCCAAAAAAACUAGGUUAGUAGGUCAAAUAAUAGAAAAACCUUGUGACCUCUCUAGAAGCCAUACUUUUCAUGGGAUCUGUAUGAAAGUUGUUCUGAAUGUUCAUCUUGAUGAUAUCUAGGUCAAGUUUGAAACUGGGUCAACUGCGGUCAAAAGCUAGGUCAGUAGGUCUAAAAUUAUUAAAAUCUUUUGACCUCUCUAGAGACCAUAUAUUUCAAUGGAUCUUCAUGAAAAUUGGUCAGAGUUUUUAUCUUGAUAAUAUCUAGGUCAAGUUCAAAACUGGGUCACAUGAGCUCAAAAACUAGGUCACUAUGUCAAAUAAUAGAAAAAACGACGUCAUACUCAAAACUGUGUCAUGUAGGAAGAGGUGAGCGAUUCAGGACCAUCAUGGUCCUCUUGUUGUGUGACUGGUUGCCAGUGUGAUUAUUGUGUGACUGGUUGUCAGUGUGAUUAUUGUGUGACUGGUUGUCACUGUGAUGACAGUGUGACUGGUUGCCACUGUGAUUAUUUUGUGACUGGUUGCCACUGUGAUUAUUGUGUGACUGGUUGCCACUGUGAUUAUUGUGUGACUGGUUGUCCCUGUGAUGACAGUGUGACUGGUUGCCAGUGUGAUUAUUGUGUGACUGGUUGCCAGUGUGAUUAUUGUGUGACUGGUUGUCCCUUUGAUGACAGUGUGACUGGUUGCCACUGUGAUUAUUGUCAGACUAUUUGCCAGUGUGAUGACAGUGUGACUGGUUGUCCCUGUGAUGACAGUGUGACUGGUUGCCACUGUGAUUAUUGUGUGACUGGUUGCCACUGUGAUGACAGUGUGACUGGUUGCCAGUGUGAUUAUUGUGUGACUGGUUGCCACUGUGAUGACAGUGUGACUGGUUGCCAGUGUAAUGACAGUGUGACUGGUUGCUGGUGUGAUGAUUAAAGUACAACACAUUUUCUGAUAAUAAAACAAAAUAUUUGGUUCACAAGUUCUUGCCCAAAAAAUAUAUAUCUCCAACAAGUUAGAAGAUUAUAAUCAUUAGCUCGACUAUUCGAAGAAUAAGUAGAGCUAACCUACUCACCACGGCGUCGGCGUCACACCCUGGUUAAGUUUUUCGUACCAGUCCACAUUUUGAAAAAAUCUUUUGAGAUAAAGCUUUGAAACUUUCAACACUUGUUUACCAUCACCAUGUCCAGUUGUAGGCAAAAGGACAUAACUCUGUCAAGCAUUUUGACUGAAUUAUAACCCCUUUUGACUUAGAAAUCUUGGUUAAGUUUUUCGUACCAGUUCGUAUUUUGACAAAGUCUUUUGAGAUAAAGCUUUGAAACUUUCAACACUUGUUUACCAUCACCAUGUCCAGUUGUUGGCAAGAGUACAUAUCUCCAUCAAGCAUUUUGGUUGAAUUAUUGCCCCUUUUUGACUUAGAAAUCUUGGUUAAGUUUUUCGUACCAUUCUACAUUUUGACAAAGUCUUUUGAGAUAAAGCUUUGAAACUUUCAACACUUGUUUACCAUCACCAUGUCCAGUUGUAGGCAAGAGUACAUAACUCCAUCAAGCAUUUGGGCUGAAUUAUGGCCCUUUUUGAACUUGGAAAUUGGUUCUGUUUUCAUAUAUGCCCAUGUUUUGUCAAGACUAUUUGACAUAUGACUUUUAAACUUUAAACACUUGUUUAUCAUUAUGAUUUCCAUCUGUAGGCAAGAGUACAUAACUCUGACAACUAUUUUGGCUGAAUGAUGGCCCUUUUUGGACUUUGAAAUUUUUGUCAAAACUAUUUGAACUGUGGCUUUGAAACUUUUAACACUAGCUAGUAUAUCAACAUGAAUUCCAUCUGUAGGCAAGUGUACAUAACUCUGUCAACUAUUUCGACUGAAUUAUGACCCUUUUUGGACUUGGAAAUUAGUUAAAUUUCUCAUACAAGUCCAUAUUUUGCCUAACAUAUAACUUAAUAACAUAUUUGCCAUCAUGGUCACACAUUGCCACUUAGUGCAAGACUAAUCGAAAUCCACAAAUACAGGAACAUUUUUUGUUUAAUCCAUUUUUUUCUUUUGUCUGAAAAUCUAUGGAAAUAUUUUGACCCCAUUCUUCAAUCAAUUCUUCGAAUAGUCGAGCGCGCUGUCAUCCGACAGCUCUUGUUGUUAUUGAAGUUACCUCCCUUUCAUUAAUGCUGAAAUGAUGUGGAUUAUACACCAGUCUUCUAUCCUUGAAUGUAUUCAUUAAUUUUGGAUUAAUAUGGAAGUUACAAACUUAAUUAAAAGCAGUUAAUGCAUUUGUGUAUGAGAGUUGUUUUGCAAAUUUACUAGUCCACCGAUUAAUUCACAAUUUCUGUAGCAAGAUUUUUCCUUGAUAUUUCUUUAAAUAUAAGACAAUAUCUUUGCUACUAUACAUUACUUUCAAGAACUCUAAACCUGGUUAUAACAUUGUUUUAAAGUUUUGAAAUAUCUCAGUAAGAUUUUUAUUUGUUGUCAAAAACAAAUUUUAGUGGGUAUUCCAUUGUAAAUUCAAUACAUUUUUUUUCUGGCAAAAUUCCACAUUUGACACAACUUGUUAUUGAAUGAAUGAAGCAUUCAGAUUAUCUUGAAAGGUAUAAUAUACACAUGUAAGCAUUGCACAAAGUUGUGAGAAAAAAAUCAGAUCUUUCAUGGCCAAAAUAUUACACAAGGAUUUUCCUAUGAAAAUUACAAUACAUCUUUGUCCGUGAAAAUGAAAUGAUUUAAAUUUUAUUUUAAAUUCUUAAAGGUUCUCGCCUACAGUUUGGGUGAACUUUUUCAGCAUGUUCACUUCCACCAUGUUUGGCAUAGAAUGUGUAUAUGACAUUAAAAAUUAUAAAGUGAGUGAAAAUAAAAGUUAGAUAUUGGUAAAAAUGCAAGAAGAAUGUUAAUUUUCUGCAUUAUUUCAAAAGCGUUGCAAUGGUUUACUACCUUCUGCACAAUAGUUUUUAUUUAUAAGAAUAUCUUGCAAAAAUCUUAUGUCAGUUUGUUUGUACCACCAGUCACUUGCAGAGUACUUUCUUAUUUUUUUUUUAUUUUUGAGAGAAAUUAUUUUUCACCUAAAAUGUGUUGGUUAGUCCCUUUAGUACAGGCCCUUUAGAAUGAUGAGUAAAUUGUAUCUAGGUUUUUAUCAAAUAAGAAAUCAGAAAAAAAUGGAUUAAACAGUAAGUAAAAUACUUAUGUCAAUGGAGACACUUGUAUAUAUAUAUAUAUAUAUAUAUAUAUAUAUAUAUAUAUAUAUAUAUAUAUAUAUAUAUAUAUAUAUGUUGAUAUAUCUUGUAUUAUUUUAUGUCUUUGCCAUAAUUUUCUUGUUGAUGAAUUAAAAAUUUUGUUAAUGGCAAACAGGAAAAUAUUUUUCCCAUUUGCUUUAUAACAAAAACUGAAUUUGAGUAAAUGUUUUAUAGCAAAGGUCAGGUAGGGGACACCUGUGAUAAACAGAACAGUAUAUAUUGUAAAGCAUGUGGUAAAAGCUGUUUCUUUAGUAAGCAGGAAGAUGUUUUAUUUUAGCUAUUUAUGCUUUGAUUUUUUUAUCACUUUACUGUAUGCAGUUUUCUUUCCUUUAUGAAUCGAGAGUCGUAGAAAGGCAUUCUGUAAGUACUGGUAAUACUUUAACCCUUGCCCUGCCAAAUUUCUAUAAUGAACUUGUCCAUCUUUCAGUUCGGACAAUUGUUAAAAGGGGUGUUUACCAAAAAAAUACUGACUAAAUGGCGAACAGUGCAGAUCAUGAUCAGACUGCACGGUUGUUCAGGCUGAUCUUGAUCUGCACUGGUCGCAAAAGCAGAAUCAGUCAUGUCCUAUAUGAUAGGGUUGAUAAGGGUUAAAUAUGGCCUCACUUUUUAAAAAUGAUGACAUGUCAAAUUUCUCAAAUAAAGAGAAAAAGUUCAAUAUUUUAUCCAGUGUUUGACCUCUAUCUGACCUUCAGAUUAUCAGUUUGUACAUGUAUGUUUUGAUACAAUAAUACAGUGAAGUAUAUGUUAAUGUGAUAUUGUUGUUACCGUUACUUAUGAUCUUCUAUAUACAGAUGUAAAUAGGUUAUUCUGUUGGGUAAGAUUUGACAGUAUUGUUGUUUAUGUUAAAUAUUGUAUUAGAAUUUGUCCUUACAAAGACUGAAGACAGGGUCCAUGCUUUCUACAUGAUAUUACAGCUUAUAGUCCUCCUGGUUGACCUUUAUCAGUAGUCUGUUGUUUGAUUUAUCAAUUUUUCAUAAAGUUCAGCUUUAUUUUGCAACAUGUUAGGUUAUACUUCAUUUUAAAAUUUCCCAGGGGCUGUUGUAGGAACUGUCUCUGUUGUUAAGAUAUCUUUAAUAGUGCAUGUACUUUUCCCUGUGUACAGUUCUUGCGUAUGAAAAAUUUGAAGAAAAAAAAUUCUUUUCCAAUGUUAACGAAAGAUUUACAAUGUUUCUUUUUUUGCUAAGAUAUCCUGAAAGAUUUAUAAGAAUUCACCUGGAAAUAAAGGGAAAAGUGAAAUCUUAAAACUUUCUGGUGUCCAAAAUGUCUUAAAUUUGAAUUGCAAAAAUACUCUAUCAGAAUCAUUUUUUGACAAAACUGUUAAGAGACAUUGUGAAAAUUAAAAAACUUUUAUUACACCUCAUAAGAAUGAAAUGGUAUAUGAAUAGUUUUGUCCUAAAAGAAAACCGCUUCCACUUAGCAGUUUAUGUAAAUGUCUUCAAAAUCUGAGUAUUUUAGAUUUAUGUAAAUGAAGCUGUUGACAAUUUGGCGUUUUUGACUCAUCUGAUCAAUGUUCAGAGUGAACUAUAAGUAUAGAUGGAUGAUCUGGUAUCAUUUCUACUUAAACAUCUUUUUCACUGAAACUAUUUGCUGGAAGGUAUGGUCUUUAAAGUUGCUCAGAGAAUUCCAUUCCUUGCAGAAUUUUUGGUUGUUAUGACAACCAAAUGGAAAAACUUAAAGAAAUCUUCUCAAAAACUCCAGGCCCUGGGAUCAAAAUUUGUCUCACCCGGGGUUCACUUGUUUAACUAGCCUUUAUACAAGAUUCUACUUAUCUGAAACCUCAAGCCUCCGAGCUUAGGUAUUUGGCAUGUAGCAUUGUGUUAAUAAGUUUGUUCAUGUUAUACCUCUCGGGUCAAAGUUGGCCCCGUGCGUGGAAAGAGAAUCUUAAAAAAUUUCUUGUGUAAAGCCUGAAGCCCUAGAACUUAGAUAUCUGGCAUGUAGCAUUAGUGUGUCUUGGUCUUUUAUCAGUUUUGUUCAAAUCAAACCACCAGGGUUAAAAUUGUCUCAGCCCAGGAGUCACAUGUUUUACAUACAUUGUAGACUUAUAUAAGAAAAACUUUCAGAAUGUCGUCUGAAGAUGCAAGACCAAGACAUUUGAUAUGUAGCAUCUCUAGUGGUCCUCUACCAUAUUCAUUAAGACCUAGCCUUUGGUGUCAAAAUUUGCCCUGCCCAUGGAGGUCACACAUUUUGUAUAGAUUUAUGUAGGAAAAUCUUUAAAAAUCUUCUCUCUAAAACACAAGGCCUUGAGCUUAUGUAUUUGGUAUAUAGCAUUGUGUAGAGGUCCUCUGCCAAGAAGUGGUGUACCCAUUUGAGUCGGGUGAGCGAUAAAGAUCCAUCGUGGCCAUCUUGUUAGGUGUUGCCUAUAAAUUUCAGGCACAUAAUAUUUUUGAAUUAUUCCCUGAUGCCAAAGAAUUGUAAGGACUGUGAUGUUUUGUUUAAAUUGAUCAACUGUAGAUUAAUUGCUUUCUUUGUUACCAUGGUGACCAGAUAUAAUAUGAUUUGCUUCUUGAACAUUUUCAGAAGAAGAAGUAAAACUUUUCAAAGAAGCUCAAAAUUUCUAUUGCCACUGCAGUCACAAAAUUACUUAGUUAUUCAUUUUUUAUACUUGAAGUUUGUUAUGCUGUAAAAAAUACAGUUUUUAGAGAAAAUCACCUCUCUCUUCAAUCUUUCAGUGGAAUUCAGAUGGAUAAUCUUGUUGUAAUUUGAAUUCUUUGUCUCGUUUUGCGUAAGAAAAUACUGUGCCACGACUGUUUCCGUUAAAUCUUUACUAUUAUACCUGUAAAUUUACUCAGAAUUCAUCUUAGAUAUUAGUUGUUUUAUAUAGCUUUUAAAGCUACAAGUUAAAACGCACUAGUUUUGUUUCUAUCUCAAAGUCAAUGUUUUGUUUUGGACUGAAAUUCCAGUUUGUACAAGGAAAUGUUAAGUACAAUGUACUAACAAUUUUGGUACAGAUGUACUUGUUAAAGGUAAAACAGCAGUAACUUGAAAUGAGGAUCAAAAUUUCAAUCAAAAUAUAUGUGCAAAAAAAAAGAUUUUAAAAGUUGUCAAGUGGAAAUAGAAGCCAAAACUAUCUAGUUAAAUUUUCAUAAUUUUAUUGCUUGUGGAAAAAUGUGGAAGCACUUUCUGCUGUGAAAGUUCCUCUUUAUAAAAAAGAUUGAAAACAAGAUAGAAAGUCAGGUUAGAGCAUUUGAAUAUAAUUAUGUCCUUUGACAAAAUAUUACACAUGAAUUAAUAGACACUUCUUUGUGGUAUUGUCCGUAUGUUGUAAGUAUAUUUAGUAUAUAUUGAAAAAUGAAACAAUUUUACACAUGUUUGCUAUAUGAGUAUCUGAAACAUUUUGCCUUUUUUUUUAGGAGAAUGUUUACUUCAGUUCUAUUUAUUUGUAUUUUUUUGCAGGGGUAUGGAAUAUUUAGGGAUACUAAAUACAUCAAUAAUUACGGAUUUAAUGUUAUUUUUGUGCAUUUAAAUGGUUUUAAUCUACUCCAUGAAUUGUACUAGUCAAAAAGAUCCACCUGUGUUAAUUUGUAGUUCACCUUCCUGAUGUAAGUAAGCUUUAUUGUAACUGUGUGAAACAGAAAGUUAAAGUGUUCAGUGUCUAGGUAGACAUACUAUCAGUAAUAGUUUUGUUACUCAGAAGUAAACAUUUAUUUUUUAUCUAAAGCUUCUGUAGUGCUUUAAGUCUUAUUUGAUUACAUUUAUUGAUGUAAGAAACAUUGAUUUUGAAUGUUAUAUUAAAUUAUGUUACAUACAAACA